AGCACGAGCUACAGGCUGCAGGACCUCACAGAUGUCCACGUUAUGGCUCGUAUACAGGAAGCCAGUUUAAGACAGGACUAUGUUUCCACGCCUGCCACUGCUUCACCAAGGAGAGGCUCUGAGUCACUGCCUGGUUUAUCAGCACUGAGCUCUUCCUCUUGUCAGUCGCCGACAUCUGUGACUAUAAAGAGCUGCCAAAGUCCACAAAUGACCAGACUUCACCAGGAAGUCACUCAGUUCAAACUGCUUAAACUUGCCCAAAGUCGAGCAGCAUCGCCGGGAAGGACCAGGUCACCUCUGCGGACCAGCCUCCGCUCCCUCCAGGCUGUUAGAAACAGUCGAAGUUUAGAGGUCGAUGACUACCAACCUGCAGAAAACGCUUACCCCCCAUCAGGUGCAUCAUCAGCAGCCAUAAAGGGGUCCAGUUAUUGGUCAUCACUUUCUGCAGCAUCCAUCAGCUCGGAAGUCUCGUUCCACCCCGUAAGAGACUCUUCAGACCGGACGAAUGUCGUGAGGAGACUGCAGAGGUCUCAGUCUGCCAGCCCCUGCAGGAUCCCUCACCCUGUUAAGAGAUACCUGUCUGUUCGUGGACGUGUUUUUGCAUCACCUGAGAGGUCGGCGACUCUGGCUUGGGCCAGAAAUGUGCCAUCUACCCAAAGAUAAAAGGUGUUAAAACAUAAA